UUAUUCACAAGCACUGCCCUGAAAGAAGCUAACCAAGAGUACCUACUAUUGCCCUUCAUGUUCUCCAUAGGGCAUUCCACAAUGUUACCAGGAAAGACUUUCAACAAAUAGUAAGAGAGACCAUUUCAUUCUAACAUUGCUUCUUUCUUUGAUUCUCAUCAGGUCUCCCACCAUCUUGGCUCAUGAAAGAUGUACAAACAUCAAGCCAAAAGAGUAAAAGCAGCUGCUGGGAAGAUGUGGCCUUCAAAUCUCUCCAAGAUCAGACAAUCUCUUAAAAAUGUUUACCAUAAAUUUAAUAAUCGGCACCCAGAUUCAACUAGAAAUCCAACUAUAACUUCCUAUGGUUCUGAUCAAGAUGAGAGUACUGAUGAAGAAAUGAGUGUUAUAGGAAUGCUCCAAGAUAUUAAAACUGCCCAAAUUGACCUCCUCAGGAAAAUGACUGACAUUGUCAGUGCAGUAUCAAAAUUCCAGGGAAAGACUGACAUUUAUCAGAAGCAGAUGGAGGUACUAGAAACCAGAAUAAAUGUUAAUGAAGACAAGCAAUGCACAACAACUAAAGAUAUCUUCUCUAUGAAAGAAAACAUUGAUGCUUUGAAGAAGAAGGUAACAGAACUGGAAAACCAGCAUUCUUCUUCCAGCAUAUAUUGUUCAGAAGUUCUAGAAGGAGAAAAGGGGAAAGAGGUCAUGGAACUACUUCACAAACUCAUACAACCACAAACUUUGGAGAGCACAUUGGCUUCUACAGAGUCUGAAAUCUCUUCAGCAGAACCAGAGAAAGUGCCUAGUUAUUCUGAUCCCACUGAUCAUCUUGAGGAAAAAACAAUUUCUCCCAAAAUUAAAAUUCUGAAGCAAAGUAACCAUAAAAAUGCAUUAAGAAGCUUUAAAAAGGCUAAGUCAAGCAUUUAUAUUUACCCAGACAUUAGUACAUGGAUCAAGCUAACUUUUGUCCACGGAGGAAAGUGGAGAUUUUUUCUCAGUGCUACCAAGUUAGAAGAAUUCAUCCAGUGGCUUCUUUCUAGGCCAACCAUCCCUCCUGAAGAACCACAACUCAUAACCCAGAGAUACUGUCCACUCACUGGGCCUAUUGUGAGCUUGACCACAAUCUGUCUCUCUGUUUUCAACUACAUUUACUGUCUCUUCGGUUUUGUAAAGGAGGAAAUAACUCGACUAUAGAGUUAUAUUCUGCUUUGCUUGGCACAAAAUAAAUGUAACCUCAUGGCUGUAAACAUUCACA